CACAACUAUCUGACCCAUCUCGUUCUCCAUUUCUGGAUCUUGAAACGGUAUUCCUGCCUUCGCGUUCUUCUCACUGCACACUAUUGUAGAAGAAGGGAAGAAGAAGAAGCGAUCUAGAGAAGAAAGAAAGAAAGAAGGACCGCCGAAAAUCCUAGAGCCAUGGCGGAGCUCCUCCCUCCCCGAUCGGCCACGGAUCUCUUCGGCGAUCCCAUCGAGUCUCAGCCGCUCUGGUUCAAGGCCGCCUCCUUCCUCCGCCCGGACUUCGAGCCGGAGUCCUACAUCGCCGACCUCCGCUCCUUCGUCCCCCUGGAGAGCCUCGCCGCCGAGCUCCGCGCCCACCUCGCCGCCCUCAAGGCCGAGCUCGUCGACCUCAUCAACCGCGACUACGCCGACUUCGUCAGCCUCAGUACCCGCCUCGUCGACGUCGACUCCGCCGUCGCCCGUAUGCGCGCUCCCCUCGCCGAGUUCCGCGACAAGGUCGCCGCCUUCCAUGCCGUUGUCGACUCCUCCCUCGCCAACCUUUGCAGCGGCCUCCGCCAGCGCGCCGAGGCCUCCGCCGCCCGCGAGAUCCUCGAGUUGCUGCUUGACACUUUCCACGUCGUCUCCAAGGUCGAGAAACUUAUCAAGGAAUUGCCAACUACAGCAUCUGAUCUGUCAACUGCGGACAUGGCGUCUAUAGAUAGUAGCGCUCCAAACAGUGAAAAUGCCUUGCAGCACAUAGAAAGCGGAGCAAAUCUCAGAGAGACUCAAAGCAUUCUUUUGGAAAGAAUCGCUAGUGAGAUGAAUCGGCUUAAGUUCUAUAUCGCUAAUGCAAAGAACCUUCCCUUCAUCGAGAACAUGGAGAAGAGGAUCCAGAAUGCUACAUUAUUACUGGAUGACAGCUUAGGACAUUGUUUUGUGGACAGCCUAGAGCAUCGAGAUGCAAAUGCAAUCUACAACUGCUUACGUGCAUAUGCUGCAAUUGAUGACACCUCAGCAGCUGAGAAUCAUUUUCGCACGACUAUCGUAUCUCCCUUGGUUCAGAAAAUUAUUCCUUAUAGCCACUUGCAGGUAGCUGGUGGGGGUUCAUCAGAUGGACUCCAGGAGGAUUAUCAACAAAUAAUGCAGUGUAUCGAGAAGGAUUGCAAAUUUAUUUUGGAAAUAUCAUCCACAGCAAAUUCAGGUUUGCAUGUUUUUGAUUUCCUGGCAAAUUCAAUACUUAAGGAGGUCCUUUUUGCUCUUCAAAAGGGGAAACCUGGUGCAUUCUCUCCUGGAAGACCUACAGAGUUUCUGAGGAACUACAAAUCAAGCCUGGGUUUCCUCACAUUUCUUGAAGGUUACUGUCCGUCCAGAUCCGCUGUGUCAAGAUUCAGAUCAGAGGCUGUCUAUGUAGACUUCAUGAAACAGUGGAAUGUUGGGGUUUAUUUCUCACUAAGGUUUCAAGAGAUUGCUGGUGCCCUGGAUUCUGCUCUAAUGGUUACUGCCAUUACCACCACCGAAAACUUGCAUGACAGUCAUGGGAAACACCAGAAACUGACAUUGAAACAAAGUAUCACACUGAUGGAAAGCUUGAGAUCCUGCUGGAGUGAUGAUGUUCUUGUUCUUUCUUACUCUGAUAAGUUCCUUCGCUUAUCUUUGCAGCUUCUUUCUAGAUACUCAAGUUGGUUGUCAUCUGGUCUAGCUGCUCGCAAAGCACGUAGUGCCAACUCAAACUCUACACCUAACACUGAGUGGGCUAAGUCUGCACACAUUGAAGAUUUUAUUUAUGUAAUCCAUGAUGUAAAUUUCCUGGUUUGUGAGCUUUCUGGUGAUUACCUUAGACAUGUGCUUCAACUUCUUAAGUCCUGCUCGGCUGAAGUUCUUGAUCUUGUAAAACAAAGCGUUUUAGAAGCUGGAAAAUCUUUGGAGGAUUUGUUGCCUCCUGUAAUGGAUACAAUGAUUGAGGCCAUUGUUGAGAAAUCUGUGGAGGACCUAAGGCAGCUGAAAGGAAUCACAGCAACAUAUAGGAUGACUAAUAAACUUCCUGUAAGGCAUUCUCCAUAUGUGUCAGCAAUUUUAAGACCACUGAAGGCAUUUCUUGAUGGAGAACGUGUUUCAUACUUAACUGUAGAUGCAAGAAAUGAACUACUCCAUGGUGCCACAGAAAGAAUCACAAAUCGGUACUAUGAACUGGCAUCAGAUCUUGUGAGUGUGGCAAGGAAAACAGAAUCUUCACUGCUAAGAUUACGACAAGGUGCACAACGACGAGUUGGAGCAAGCUCAGAUGCCUUGGACAACAAUAUAUCCGAUACGGAGAAGAUCUGCAUGCAGUUGUUUCUUGACAUUCAGGAAUAUGGGCGCAACCUUGCUGCGAUUGGUAUUAAAGCAGUGGACAUUCCAGCCUACCGGUCAUUGUGGCAGUGUGUUGCUCCAGAAGAUAAGCAAACACAGAUUGUUUUCUGAAGAAAACUCAUCAAGCUGCAUUUGGUAUUAUGUGUCUGUCAUAGAGCUUCGAGGAGAAAAGCAACAGAGGACUGGAUGCUCUGCAACUAUAAGGUGUACAUCUUCCAUAGGAAAAGAAUUAUUGAGGCUAUUUGGAUUCAGAGAAUUCAUUGGGUUUACUCUUGUUCGAUAGAAGUUCAUUUUGUUGUUGAUUCUUCCUUUUUCUCCAUAUUCCAGACCUUGAGAUGAGUUGGAUGGAUUGAAAAGGAACUGGAAGUGAGAGCAUAUAAGCACAAGAUUUCUUGUUCAAACUAAAACCAUGUUGGAUAGUUGUAAUUUCUUGUUUAAUUUUAUAGAUGCUUAUUGCAAACCGGAGAUUGCAGAUUUAA